CUCGUGACAGUAUAUGAGACGACGACACACACGCAGGACUUACACUUCCAUUGCUCUGCUGAUUCUCUCAAAAAGAGACUGCUUUACUUGCCAUUUCUUUCAUUACUGAGCUCCUUCGAAACUACAAUUUGCGCAGGAAUCUUACGAGGAGAGUCACAAGACGGAUGUCCGGAACAGAGCAGUCGACGGGAGGCGUUGGACGGUUGUCCCCGAUGACGACCACCGGGAUCAUGGUCGCAGCGGUGGUCGCCUUCUUCGUUCUCUUUGUCCUCGCCUUCUUCCUGUACCUCCGCGCCAAGUGCUACUGGGGCGCCAUCCCCGUCGCCGCUGGCACCCGCUUGGCCUCCUUCGCCGCCACGCGGCCGGGCGGCCUCGACGCUGCUGCCGUCGCGGCGCUUCCUUCGGUGGUGGUCUCCGCCGGGGCCUUGAAGGAGAGCCUGGAGUGCGCGGUCUGCAUCUGCGAGCUGUCAGAGGGCGACGCCGCACGGUUGCUGCCCAAGUGCGGCCACGCCUUCCAUCUCGAGUGCAUCGACAUGUGGUUCUGCUCCCACUCCACCUGCCCGCUCUGCCGGACCUCGGCGGAGCUCGUGAAGCCCGAGAGUGCUGUUCCCGGCGCUGAAUCGGUUCCCGGCGAUAGUCACUCCGUCGAACCGUCGCUGAAUUCUGCGGCAAAUGUGCUGUCUUACACGUCAGAGGGUCGGGUCGCCAGUGGAAGUUUCGGCGGACCGGAAGGGAGCUCAAGCACUUCUGGCUCUUCUUAUGUGAGGUCAGAGGACGCAUUGGUGACUGAGAUGCCGAGGACAACGGUGGAUGGCUUCCAAACUCCGUGCUCGCCAUUGCCUGUGGAGAGGACUCCUGAUGAAGAGAUCAGGUCGCCGACAACACCGGCGUUGAGGUCAUUGCGGAGGCUUCUGAUCCGUGGUAGCAGGAUGGCUGAUGCUUCCUGUAGUCCUCGAAGAUGUGAUAUCGAGCAGGGAAGACGUCCGCCAAGUCCUAAAACAGCGACGAGUUCAUGAAAGGCGGCCUGAUGCAGAAAAAGAGCGUUCUUCCCCCACUGGAACAACUGAAGAUUCUCAUAUGUUUCUGAAGCUCUCUCAGAUUCUUCUGUGCCAAUGGGGGGAUUAAGAUGGAAGAUGUAUGUCCACUCUGAAGCAGAAUCUGUUCCCACCUAAAAAAGGUGUUCCAUUCUCUCCAAGAUAUCACUCUU